GGAUUCACUCGUUUAUUUACUACAUCCACACAUACUAUGAUGCACCAAUAAAUUGCAAGUUACUGCAACUGCAGACAACUGAUAAAAGCCUGUCCCCAGGUGGAAGACACAACUGGCUCUCAUCUGAGAUUACAUUCUAGCACGAUCCAAAAGACAAAUCACCCAGUUAGAAACCACUGAGUUCGAGAUACUGUCACAAAGGUUCUGGAAUAUAAGGCAUCGAGCUGCAGACGUUAGUUUUCCAUCUGUGACCUCCCUGAAAUCUAAAGUUUUGCUGAUGGCAUGCAUUUGGUGAAGAGCGUGAGGAAUGCUUCCAGGAAGUAGUCUUGGACUUCUAAAAGGUUAAGAACACCUCAAACUCUGGUCUGGUGCGGAUACAGAAACUUCUUGGUAGGAAAGCAGCAACAAGGCCGGUAAACUGCUUGGCAAUCUUCUUAUUGCACAGAUAACGAACUUCCUUCCCCAUCAAGAAGGGCACAACGGCACUUCCCUGUAAUAUCGGAAUUUAUGAGACAGAUGCAUUGAGGAUUAGGAGUCCCAGGCCAGCCUGAGAUACAUGAGAUCCUUUGGAAAAAAAAAAUUCAAUCUUGAUUUAACGUGAGAAAAAGGAACAUGCUUAUUAAUAUUUUUAAAUGUAGUUAUUGGCUAAGUGUGGUGCACACGACUUCAAUCCCAUAACCCAGAUGGCAGAGACCAGCCUGGUCUACACAGAGCUCCAGGCCAGCCAGGACUACAUAGAAAAACAUUAUUUUAACGUAGUUAUUAAAACAUCAGAUGUUCACGACCCUGCAGACACGAGCCCCACGGCCCAGGUCCAGCUGCAGCUACGCCCUGCGACUCCGCCCGACCCGGAAGAACACUUCCAAGCUCCGCCUCGCAAGAAGACCGAGAGCAGUUCCCGAUAUCAGCCAGGGUUUUUCCGCCAAUCCGGAAGUAACCGGCAGCCGGAAGUUCCGGGCCGCCGUGGGAACGCGGUGGGGGUGGGGAGCCGCGGGGGACCCGGGACAGGAUGGCGGCUCAAAUCCCCAUCGUAGCUGCCACUUCCACUACCGCCGUAGCCCGGAACAGCAAGAAGAGGCCGGCCAGCCCUUCCCACAACGGCAGCGGAGGGGGCUACGGCUCUGGCAAGAGGAAAAAGCUGUCCGCCUCUGGCUUUGCGCAGGGUGUCAGCAUGGAGGCUGUGAGUGAGAAUAAAAUGACAUCCUCUGAGUUCAGCACUGGACCUACGGAGAAAGCCGCCAAACCCCUGCCAUUUAAGGAUCCCAACUUUGUGCACUCGGGCCUCGGUGGUGCAGUAGCCGGCAGGAAGAGCAGAGCCUGGAAGACCCUCAAACAAAUCCUGGCUGCUGAAAGGGCGUUGCCGUGGCAACUGAACGAUCCUAACUGUGAGCUGUCUAGAGCCUUCUACUUCAGUAUUGAUGCUCCUCCAUCCUUUAAGCCAGCCAAGAAGUACUCUGAUGUUUCAGGUCUUCUUGCCAACUAUACGGACCCCCAGAGCAAGCUGCGGUUCAGCACCAGUGAGGAGUUUUCCUACAUUCGGAGACUGCCAUCUGACGUGGUCACGGGCUACCUGGCUCUAAGAAAGGCCACAAGCAUUGUUCCCUGAGCCUGGGAAGUGGAGAGGAAGUGGAAACGGCCUCAAAGGCAGACUUUGAAUUCGUGGUUUUGUUUCAUGAAAACAAACUCACUCUGCUGUUAGUCUGAAAAAUGUCGUUUCUGCGCCUUGGAAGGAAUGCCUGGCUUUACUGUGAGGCUUUUCCCGUUUUCCCGCCAAGUGUGAGAUUUUUCCCGUUUUCCCUCCAAGUGUGAGAUUUUUCCCGUUUUCCCUCCAGGUGUGAUAUUUCUGGUUGAGUUAAGUUACACUUUAGUUGUUGCUUCAAGUAAAAUUGCUUGACGAGAAAAUAUAGUAAAAUUAUGCAUUUAAUUUAA